GCUUCAGCCAGACAAGGAGCAAACAGUCUUCAGUUUGCCGUUGUCGUUGCCGUUAUCGUCAUAAUCCGCAACCGUCGUCCCGAUCUUCGGUCGUUCCGUCGUAUUUGUCUGUGACACGGACUGUUGGAUGUGAUUUAUUUCUGUGGUGGGCUGGUGAAACAUAGGAAAAACGUAUUUGUUGGGGUCUUUUAAGAAACUUGAAAUGGAAUCGUCAUCUUUUGGAUAGUUUACCGGUAUAAACUGAAAUUCAAAGCACUCGAAUAACAGUUACUGUGAGAUGGGUUACAAAGUUUCCUGGAAGGUUUCGAUUCAUCUAAGAUUAAGAUUAUAGAGGGUCGUGUCGGUGUUUACUGAAGAUUGAUCAAGAUCGAAUACAUUCGGAGAAAGAAGCAAUGAACACUUUUGGAGGAUACCGAAGGUGCGAAUAGUCGACGUUGCAGUUAGUUCUGGCAUAUGAUGUUUUCGAGAAGAAUCAUGUGUCGUGUAUGCGGUGAAAAGACUGAGAGUGCAUCAUUAGAAGGAUAAGCCAUUAUUCAAGUGCAACCAGUUGUAGUGCGAUUAUCCUGGCUUUAAAAAGUACGAAGAAAAGUGUCGUUCUGCGAGAAAUGGAUACCGUCAUCCAGUUUGAUGUUGUUGCCUUCUGUUCCGGUGGGUGGAACGGAAACGUUAUGCAGUGCGAACGGUGCGUGGAGUGAAAAGUGAUUAAAGGUUCACUUGAAAGUUUUCGGUGUUUUCUCAAGUUUCAUCGAAGAGGGAUUUUUUAUCGGUGAGUGCUCUCGUUGAAUAUCUUUUGGAUGGCUCGAGGUGAUGCCCUCACGAUUUGUUAUUAUUGUGUCGAAAAGGCGACCAGUUGUGGGGCUUGUGCUGUGGCCGAAACUCGUCGAAAGUCGAAAUAAGAUUGAAAGUGUGCGAGAAAUGGCAAUUCCUGGAAGAGCGUGAAAAGCACAACAUCCUGCAGCGGAGGAGCGGCUGAAGUUGGACGAACAAGGAAAAUUAAAGUUAAUCAAAAUCCGAGUGUUGGCCAAAUAGUUCUCCCGGGUGGAUGCCAUCGGUUGCGGUUCCGUCGGGGAUGAACCGAUACACCGCAAUUCACUUUUUGCGCUAAUUUGAAUGAUGCAAAUGUUUUGCCUCAGUGGAGCGCAAUCGAACCGGAAGGGGGAAUUCUAAUCGGAUUGUGAAGUGAGCAACCUGCAUGCAUGUGCACGUCAUAGGAAAAAUAACGGCACCGAAUGAAAACAAUUAAAAUGCGAAUUGAUUUGCUAGCACCACCGGUGAAGGCAGGGCAAAUCCGUUUUUGGCGACGAUUGUGGGUGGCGGAAAUGAAAUGAAAUCCAACUUUAUGACAUAAAUUCAACGGUCCUGAACGGUGCUGAAGCCGGAAAUUGAUUUAGCGAAUGCAGUAGCCUUGAUUGCUACAGUAGUGUGUGGCAAGACGGGCGCGAAACCGGAUCGGCUGGCAGAAUUAUAAACUCGGAUUGGAUUUGAAAAAAGGAAAAGCUGUUUCGACGGUUCUUCUGCCAAGUGCCAAUGCCGGUUGGAAAUGUUCCUUAUCGCCACCGAAGGAAGUACUCGCCCCAGGUUCCAGCCGAUUACCAGUCACGAAUAUUUUUCGGUGAUUAUAUGCGAGAAAAUCGAGCGCCGCGUGUGGGUGGCAGUAUCGCUGUAAGCGGAAGUGCAGGAAUACAGGCUCCGGUUGGCGUGGGUGGUGGUAGUGUUGGUAGUGGUAGUGGAGCUUCUGUGUGCAGUAAUGAAGAACCAUAUUCGAUAACAGGUAGUUCUGCAUCGUCGGUAGCUCAGGACACUUGUAAUAGCAACAUAACUGCAGUAGCGGUAGCCAGCAAUUGCAGCAGCAGUGGCAUCAGCUCCAACUGUAGUGGUACCGGUGGCCAAUCAGGUUGUACCGUGGAGAGUGUCAGUGUGAAUAGUGUCAAUAAUUUUGCCCCUAGUAAUAACGGUAAUAAUGGUAAUGGACCGACCUCACCGCUGACUGUGCAACAUCACCAGCAGCAUCAGCAUGCAGGUCUGAGCAUACAGCAUCAGCAGCAAUACACGGUGCAACGGAUUGUACCACCAGGUGCUGCUGUUGGCGGUGGAGUUAGUGUAGUGUCGGUUUCCAACAGUGCUGUUGCUGUUAAUAAUAAUAUCAGUAAUAACAACAACAGUGGCGGGUCGACUGCUGUCAUUGGAGGAUUAGCUGCUGGUGGAGGUGGACCACUGGCAGCCUACAGCUUAUCAGGAGCAUCGGCCAUCGUGAGUAGGACUAAUAACAAUGAUACUAGCAACAAUGCCGACGAUUGCGACCACCAAAAUUCAUCCGGUCCUGGUUCGAGUACAAACAGCUACACGAUAGGCGGUAGCAGCUUAGAUUUACAGCCUCAGCAGCAGGUUCUCCAGAAACAACAGCAAACAGGCCAACCGCACCAUCAGCCGCAGCAGCACCAACAACUACAACUACAACAGCAGCUACAACAAUCAUCGAGUUUAUCAAGUAGUAAUAGUCUAAUUAACAACAACGGUAAUCAAAUUAGGGAUAGGGAUAGUACCAAUUACGUGAACGUGUCCUCGAUAUCGACUUUCAACGCGUCCUCCAUUAGCAACAACAUCAACAACGGCAGCGGAAUCAUCAACAAUAGCAGCAAUAGUGGCCACAUCAACCAUAAUAGCAGUAGUUCCAGUAGUACCAAUCCCCACGUCAACCUAAUCGGCGCAUCUGCAGCAUCAGCUACAAUGACCACCUCAGCGACGAUUUCGCCACCAAGGCCAAUGCAAAAGGUGAUUCCGACGGUGGUGUAUCUGAUGUCUCGCAUCGCUGUACAUAUGGAGAUCGAGGGUACUGCACAAUGCCCGGCUCAGGUAAUGCUGGCCGCGGCGCUCGGCUGUGAAGAGUUAGGAAUAACCAAUAAACUACUGGCACAGAGUGUGUUCGGUCUGUGGAUGACCAGUCCGCUGUUGGAGGUCCAAUUGAAACCUCACCAUCGACCGUACGCGGUGCGAGUGGCGUGGUCUAAGCUGCUAGACAAGCACAGCCAUGGGAAUGAGUUGGAGAAGUUAUCAGACGAACCAAUGACCACCCUCAGGCGGAAUGUGUUUUUCGCAAAAAAAGACGAGGAAAAGAUCAAGGAUCCCCGGAUACUGGAACUGUUGUACGAAGAAGCCCGACAUAACGUUCUUCUGGGUCGAUACGUGAUGGAAUCGUCCCAUUCGAUUAUGCUUGGAGGAAUCCAGGCAAGGAUAGAGUUAGGGCCGUACAAUUCCCAUACGCAUUCGACUAGUUAUUUUAGAGAAAAUCAAUUCCGUUUCCUGCCGGCGAAUGUGGCCAAAAGUUCGAGCUGGUCGUGGCUUCCAAUCAGCCGGAGAUCAUCGGCAGAAGUAAGACUGCUAGAACAAUUCAAACGGGUACCAACGACGGCUACUACAAAGAAGCUAAUGCGGAAGUACUUGGAAUUUUGUUGGGCGUUACCAUUCUAUGGGGCUGCAUAUUUUCACGGACAAGUGGAACAACCGGUUCGAGGGUUGACGAGUUUGAUGCAACAAAAGGAUCUACCCGUACUGAUAGCAGUCAAUGAACGAGGCAUCUUCGUGAUAGACCAAAUCGAAUGUACGUUACUACUGGGACUCAAGUACGAGGAGCUCUCGUGGGACUAUGCGAAACCGAGCAACGUGAAUGAUCCGGAGUGUAUGCAGUGCAUAUUCCUCCAGUUUGCCGCUGUCGAGAAUGGAAUUGCCGCUACCAAACUUAUGCAAAUCUUCACCCGCCAAGCUGCCAUGAUAGACGCCUUAAUAACCCACUUCACCGAUCAGGCCAAGCGGCGGAAAGAAAGCGGAGAGGGUGAUGUCCCUGCCGGGGAAAAUCAGUAUGAAGCUGAACCAAAUCCAAUUCAGAACAACGGUGUUGGAGUACUUAGCAACAAGCUGUCACGCCUAACUUUAGCUACAUUCGACGAUGAAGGACGCUGCAUUGGUCAGAUGGGAUCGCUAUCAAUUAGUUAUUAACAUUUAAUUCUCGUCUAAAUGGAGAGCGUGUUGUAUAGUCUCUAACAUAGGAUUACGAUUCAUAUGUCAUGGAAGAUAAAUAAGCGCAUAUGCAGGAAGAUGUUUCUGGUGAUACCCCACUUUACUAGUAAAUGUUUGAUAACUGAAGUGCGGCAAUCGGCAGUAAUCCAAGGAGGGAGCAAACAUGCAAAACAGUGGAGUUGAUUUCCAAUUUCUACUUCUCUUCCUCACUAGCAAAAUCUUACCUUAUUAAAAUUUAUCAUAAACUAAAUUCAGAAUUCAACUCUCAGCUGUUGACAUUCACGUGAUAUUGUAUGAAACCGAUACAAAGAAUAGAACAAAACCGCACUUACUUCCUCGACACGUUGUUAUCGAAAAACGACGUAGCAGUUUAGAGAAAUAUGUGAAUCGAAUACGAAUUUACUUGUAAAUAGGUAUCCAAACGAUUGAUAUCUUUUUAAAGGAGGAAAAAUCAACAAAACCUUGUAAUCUUACAACAAUCUAGUUCAAUAUUACACCAACAUAAUCGCAUUCACUCACACUCGGUCAUGUUCACAUGUAAAUCUUAUAAGCAAGUCAGCAGAAACAACAAAACAAAAAUCCCACGCGUUUCCUUGUAUAACAAAGCCCCGAAAAGUGGAUUAAAAAGACACAGCAAAGAUGUAUAUUCUCACGAUACCAAAACAAAAAUCACUCAAUCUAACACAAAUAUACUUACACGUACACAAAACUGAACAGAAAAAUCAAUAACGAUUCGAACCAGUAUGGAAUUUAUUAGUCAACCAUGCGGCAGAGGAGUGGUAGAAAAAUAGAAAGAGAGAUGAACAAGGAAUAGUAGUGAAGAAAGCAAAGUGGUCAAAUAAUUUUGAUAAGUUCAAUUUAAUAAAAAAUAUACCAAGUGAAUAUGUAAAUCUACCUUAUAUAUACCGGAUAAGAUAAAUAUAUAUUUAGAUAUUUUAUACUGAAAACAAGAAAACGAGGAAAACUGAAGAGUGAUGAAGGCGAUAAUGCAAGUAGAAGAUAGUGGCAACUCGAAUAAUGAUCAGCCAAUGAAGAGAAAUGGAGAAACGACUGGAAAAAAAUCGAACGACUCGAAUGAAAAUAGAACAGAGAUAAGACACGGGAACUGUAUCGCCGAAAGGGAGUCAAACGAUAUCAAUAAUGUAAGCUAAGUUAGUUUGAUCAGCAAUGCGAUUAUAUGAACUAUACAAGUGAAUAGCAAACAAAGGAAGACAAUGAAGAAAGCAAAGGCAGAAUUGUGACUCUAGCAGAGGAGCGGGGUAUUAGAGUGGAUAAGCGGAAGAUGAUUAAUUUUGAAUAAAAAAGGUAUCUGUAAA